AUGACCAAAUCGUACAGCGAGAGCGGGCUGAUGGGGGAGCCCCAGCCGCAGGGUCCCCCCAGCUGGACGGACGACUGCCUCAGCUCCCAGGACGAGGAGCACGAGGCGGAGAAGAAAGAGGGCGACCUGGAAGCUAUGCAUGCCGAAGCCGAGGUGGACUCGCUGAGAAACGGCGAGGAGGAAGAAGAGGAGGAGGAAGAGGACGACCUCGAAGAAGAGGAGGAGGAAGAAGAGGAGGAGGAAGAAGAAGAAGACGACGACGAUCAGAAGCCCAAGAGGCGCGGUCCCAAGAAGAAGAAGAUGACCAAGGCCCGCUUAGAGAGGUUCAAGCUGCGGCGCAUGAAGGCCAACGCCCGCGAGCGGAACCGCAUGCACGGCCUCAACGCGGCUCUGGACAACUUGCGGAAGGUGGUGCCUUGCUAUUCCAAGACGCAGAAGCUGUCCAAGAUCGAGACGCUGCGCCUGGCCAAGAACUACAUCUGGGCCCUCUCGGAGAUCCUGCGCUCGGGCAAGAGCCCCGACCUGGUCUCUUUCGUGCAGACGCUCUGCAAAGGCCUGUCCCAGCCUACCACCAACCUAGUGGCCGGCUGCCUGCAGCUCAACCCGAGGACUUUCCUGCCUGAGCAGAGCCAGGACCUGCCUCCGCACAUGCAACCGCCCAGCGCUUCCUUCCCGGUGCACCCUUACGCCUACCAGUCGCCGGGGCUGCCUAGCCCGCCUUACGGCACCAUGGACAGCUCCCACCUGUUCCACGUGAAAGCGCCGCACUCCUACGGCGCGGCGCUGGAGCCUUUCUUCGAGAGCGCGCUGGCCGAGUGCGCCAGCCCUUCCUUCGACGGGCCCCUAAGCCCUCCGCUCAGCGUCAACGGGAACUUCUCUUUCAAACACGAACCUUCCGGAGAGUUUGAGAAAAAUUAUGCCUUCACCAUGCACUACCCCGCCGCCGCCGGCCUGGCGGGGACCCCGGGACACGGAUCGCUCUUCUCCUGCUCUGCCUCUCGCUGCGAGAUCCCCAUCGACAACCUCCUGCCCUACGAGAGCCAUGCCCACCACGAGAGGGUCAUGAGUGCCCAGCUCAAUGCCAUCUUUCACGACUGA